GAAGGUGGAAGGAGACAAUGAAGGUGGAAUGCCUCCCGUGGGACUUGUUUUUCCUACUUUUCGAACUUGUUUUUCUAAAGAAAAUAUUUUUCAAAAAUUUUGACCGAUCGAACGUGAGAAAAUUGGAAAAUGUUUUCCUCCAUACUGAAGACACUGGUAGAGUUAAAUUAAGUCAUCUUUGUGUAAACACCAAGUAUUUCUUGGGUCUAUUGAUCAUGCAUUGUCCAACUUUUUUGGCUGGACGUUAGAGUUGCGUUUGUGUGUUGUUGAGUUUCUGCUUCAUCUGCGGAAGACUGGUUUUUCUUUAUGUCUAGUUAAUUUGCAACAGUAGGAAAGGAUGCUGUCAAUAUUUUGGGUACCGGUUUGCCUUGAACUACCUGAAUUUCAAGUUUAAUUGGGAAUGCUUGCGAUUAUGUGCCCAUUUUGCGCGUUCCUUGCUCUGCUUGUCACUAUGUGUUAAAAUUUUCAAGUAUGUUCUUCCCAAUUUAUAUGGCAUUCUUAUCAUUUUGGAACAUCCCAAAAUGUUUGACACAAUUGUAUUUCUUUAUGAUUUCUCAAUUUUGAAGAAUUCAAGUUCAUUCAUGAUUGUUGAAUUUUAACGUGGUUUACGCUGCCAAAUUUUCUUUCAAUCUGUGCUUUCAUAUUUUUAUGUCACUAUUAGGAAUUAACAUCUUAAAUUCUAUGCCCAUAAGAGGGGCUAUUCACUAAGCACUCUUUAAUCCGUGUAGAAACUUUGUUAAUCGUGUCACUAGUGCAGUAAAUUUUCUUUUCUUGCUUUGGUUUCAAUAAUGUUUAGCUGCUCUACAUUCACAAAUUCUAAGUCAAAGGUCAUCUUGGUUAGUUUGACAAAUUUAAUACUAAGAAGGAAAAAUAAUUUACCAAUUUAUAAAUUUUAUUGGAAGGAACCUAAUUGGUCUACUUUCCUGCUGCUCGCCAGUGUGAUUCUGUAGGUUUAAUUCUUCUUUUAUCUUCCACUUUCUAUUCUUUGGAUUGUGGACUUCAAUCUCAGAAGCAAACAAUCAAUAGGUUUUGCUAUGGAUGCUUCUGAUCCGCAAUGGUGAUAAACUUUCAAGUUUUGACUUUCGAGUAAUUCUAUGCUUGGUUACCCUUUUAUUCCUUUAUGAUGGUCGGUUUAAAAUAGUUGAUACUCCAUGGUUAUUUGAACUGAUUGCGCAUCGCGUCAAAAAUAAACAAAUUGUUUUGGGUAGUCUUAGAUGCACAAUACACUCAUUUAUGGUAAAGCUUUAGAAUAUGCUCACAACAGAGAGAUGCUCUUGAGUGAGUUUUAAAGCAAUAAAUCACCAUGUGUGUGUUUCAGGCUCACAGAGAAUAUAAUAUUUCCUAGUACCUUUCCCCCUUUUUUACCUUCCUUUCUGGGUUGUGGGGAGGGGUGGCUGGAUUUCUUUUUUGGGUUGAAAGGUAGGCUGAUCAAUAUGGCCAGAAGACAGAUCUCGUCAACAGUAACUUAAUGCGCGACUUGACUCUCUCAUCAAAUGAUGCAGUAUUUUGGCGCCUUCUUGUUUGAAAAUUGCUACAUCCAUUCCGACUUGUUGCUGACCAAAAAGCUUGGUAUUUAAGUGGAGAAAGGCUCACUGAGUAAUUUGGAGGUUGCUUUUAAAUCCACAAAACAAUGCCGCCCAAUCCGAGAGUUAAGAAGGCAUUUCAUGCUAUGAAAACUAUUGGCAUCUCUGAGGCAAAGGUGAAGCCAGUCUUGAAGAACCUUCUAAAACUAUAUGACAAAAAUUGGGAGCUUAUCGAAGAGGAAAAUUAUAGAGCACUUGCAGAUGCUAUAUUUGAAAAGGAGGAAGCAGAGGCGGCGGAGCAUAAGAAGUGUGACAAUAAUGAAGUACGAGAUGUGCCUCCUGUGCAGCGAGAGGAACUUUUAGAGGAAGAAACAAUGCACGAGGAGCCUGAAAGACCACUAAAGAGAUUGCGCUUAAGAUAUCAAGAAGGUCAACCUUCACCUUCCGCUAAUAAUUCUAGUGCCAGGACAUCUCUUAAAAGGCUUAGACGGGGGGAGGAAGGUGAAUUACCUGGAUCUCAUUGUCGGAACCAGUCACAAGGGGAAGCAAUUCCUAGUUCUCAUAGGGAUAAUCUCAGAUUGAACGAAACUCAAACAUCUCCAAUCAUGUCCAGGGGAACGAGUUCGGUUGCUGCUAAAGCUUCCCAUGCAUCAAUACUCAAAGAGCCAAAGAAAGAACCGGGUGGUGAACUGUCCCCUAAACAGAAGAUGUUGGGAUCCCUUGCCUUAAUCAAGCCUAAGGAUGAACCAUAUACUGAUGAUAUGCCACAGUUUGAGGCUCCUAUUGCUGUUAUUCACCCAGAGCCGUCAAACAAGGGAGAUACUUCAAGUGGUAACGCCUCAAGGAGACGUUCAGAAACUUCUGAACCUUUAGCGAUAGAACUGAGAGGAGGAAGAAAUGCAGGUGAAGAAAUUACAAAUUCAUCAAAUGGAGUGGCAACCAGUCGUGAGCUGGUAGAAGUCCAAGAUAGGUGUUACUCUGAUGUAUAUAUUGCCUCCUCACUGUCUGGAGAGAUAAAAGUCUCUAUAAACUGUGACCCAGCUCGUUGUAGAUCAGACUUCCGUAUGCCAAGUCUAGAAUCUGUUCUGAAAAUGGUGGAGCUUAAAUGUCUUAAAUCAUACAAAAUCCUGGAUCCUAACUUUUCUGUGAAGAAGCUGAUGAAUGACGUGUGUGAAUGCUUUUUAGAACUGGGAACUCAACAUAGUCAUGAAUUGCAAGCAACCACCGAUGUUGCUGCAGAGAAUGAUUUUGGCGCGAGAAACAGGACUGUUAAUUCCUCGAAUGGAAUUAUGAAUUUUGAAAUUGAUGCUGGGGAUGGUCAACCAAAGGUACUUCAACUCUCUCCUCCUCGUAUUGGUGAAGACAGCACUCAAGCUGGUCAUAUAGCAUCAAUGGGCAACUGUGGUAGUACUCCAGAAACUGAUCAGAAUGGUCUUGAGCAGACUAAUCCAUUGAGUAUGGAGGCUCCAGGUGAAUUAACUCCAGGUGAACUAGGUUUAUUUGAUUCCUUAAAUGGGUUCCUGAAUUCUGAUCUUGGUGCUGGGGAAGCUCCCCCAGAGAUACCCUAUCUCGCUUCUUAUAUUGAUGAAGAAAGCACUCAAGCUGAUGAUACUGCAUCCAUGGGCAACUUUGGUAUUGCUCCAGAGACCGAUCAGAGUGGUCUUGAACAGACUAAUUCACAGAGUCUGGAGGUGGUUCCAUGUGAAUCGACUCCACAUGAUGUACGGUCUGUUGAUGUCAUUGAUAUAACCAAGGGGCAAGAAAAUGUUUUAAUUUCUUUGGUGAAUGAAGUUAGUAGCAACUGUCCACCAUCAUUCCACUACAUAGCUUCCAAUGUCGUUUUCCAGAAUGCAUUUGUGACCUUUUCUCUGGCCCGUAUCGAAGAUGAUAAUAGUUGUUCAACUUGCACUGGUGAUUGUUUAUCAUUGUCCACACCUUGCGCCUGUGCGCACGUAAUUGGCGGUGAUUUCGCAUACACAAAGGAAGGCCUUGUGAAAGAAGAGUUUCUUAAUGAAUGUAUUUCCAUGAAUCGUGACCCCAAGAAAGACUGCCAGUUCUUUUGCAAAGAGUGUCCAUUGGAAAGAUCAAAAAAUGAGGACAUUAUAGAAGCUUGUAAAGGUCAUCUGAUGAGGAAUUUCAUCAAAGAGUGUUGGUGGAAAUGUGGCUGUAAUAAACAAUGUGGCAACCGUGUAGUACAGCGAGGUAUAAGCCAUAAGUUGCAGGUCUUUAUGACUCCGGAAGGGAAAGGAUGGGGCUUGCGGACCCUUGAAGACCUUCCUCGAGGUGCUUUUGUCUGCGAAUAUGUUGGAGAAGUUCUGACCAAUGCAGAACUCUUUGAUCGUGUUUCACAGAGCCCCAACGGGGAGGAACAUUCUUAUCCAGUCCUGCUGGAUGCUGACUGGGGUUCAGAGGGUGUCCUGAAGGAUGAGGAGGCUCUAUGUUUGGAUGCUACAUUUUAUGGGAAUGUUGCCAGGUUCAUCAAUCACAGAUGCUUCGAUUCAAAUUUGGUUGAAAUACCAAUUGAAAUAGAGACUCCUGAUCACCACUACUAUCAUAUUGCUUUUUUCACUACAAGAAAGAUUAAGGCAAUGGAGGAGCUCACUUGGGAUUAUGGUAUUGAUUUUGAUGAUCUUGAACAUCCAGUAAAAGCAUUUAGCUGCCAUUGCGGUAGCACGUUCUGCCGAAAUAUGAAACGUCCAAGCAGAUCUAGAUCAAGAAGGUAGACCUGAGAUGGUGAUCUUCUCCCAGCAUGUUUUUGGCAAUUUCCUGGUCUUGGGCGGUUCACGAAGCUGUUGUGAUCAAACUCAGUGAAGGUGAUGUUUUUGUAUCUCUGAAGGGUUCUAGCGCCGAUGUGCAUUAUAUGUACAAUAUGCAAUGCUAAACAUGUUUAUAGUUUAAAUUAUACUAUUAAGGCGCUAUUUUGUAUAGAGAUGUGGCUCAGAGCUGGAUUAGCUGCACGUUGGUUGUAUAUGGUGAUGUUUUUGUCCAUAAGACUACAUGCUGGAAUACUUGGCCUUUGCUCUAUGGCAUGCUGUGGCAUAUUGCAGACUGCCUUUUCUUGAA